UAUAUUAUGUAUUAAUAUAUAAAUAAUAAAACAAUGUAUUUACGGCUGUCAUCAAUUACUUCAAGUGCUUAAAAAGUGCAAUAAUACAUUUCAUAAUAAAAUAAAAGCCAUUCAAGAGUAGACCAUCGAGCUAUCGAUAUAACAACCGCCUGAAGCUGGUUCAUUUAUUUAUUUAUACCAUUUCUCUCGUACUGAACAGGCUCAAGAUCGAGAAGUCUGUUUAACCAAUGAAGUCGAUAAUUCAGAAAAUCAGUCGAUCGACUUACUCGAUAGCAGUCGAUGGUGUCCAUUACCACAUCUACUUAUAAUAGUUGUUACAGAAAAUUUUAGAAAGUAUAUAUUAACCCUCGGUGUAUUAACUUAAGCUUCAUUUAGGUGCUAUCAGAGUGGUUAAAUUGAAUACAAUAUUUUUAUCCUUACAAAACUAAAUCAACUGCUUAUUCAUAAAUCUACUGCUUAAUUCGAGGAUAAAAGACAGAUAGGGAACGAACGGGAUACUAUUUAAUCAGAAACAUGAAUAAUCGUAUGCGAGCGCGCGAAAGUUGACGAAAACGGUGCGAGUGAUAUAGUGACAGACAAAACCAAUAAAACGUAUCACAGCGGUGGUCUCUUUGGGUGGGGAAAAUCAAUAGAAAACUGAGUUUAAAUCACAAGUAUGGGUCAUUAACGUCUAAAGAUGAAUCAAGUGAUAAUAUUUUUUAAUAUUGAAUAAACGUCUCCCUGCUGGUAAAAUCAUUGAUCGAUGAUGCUUUCAAAAUGUACAUAUUGCUACUUGACGUACACACGAAAAACCAAACAUAGUGCGUAACAUGGUUAUCUCUAUUUCUAUCAGCUGUGUUUAUUAAAAGGAAAAUGUUAAGAAACGACGUGACGUUUUCUUGACAUCUAAUUCGUAGAACGAGACAACGUGUUGCGUCUAACAAUGUUGAUACGUCAAGAAAUAUUGUCAAUCUGCUUUACGUUAUGCAUCUCAUUAAGUGUCAACUUUGUUGAAAGCACGCAUAUUACGGGUACAUUUAAUACGAAGGAGUUCUUUCGGUUUCUCAUUAAAUUCGGUUUUCAAAAAACUGAUCGUCAUCGACAAAAAGACUCUUAUGGAUACAUAUUCGGUAAUGUGACAUCGAAGAGUAACUUUUCUAUGCCAAUCACAUUGGCAGUUUUAGAUCGUGGCCACUUUUUAGAGUAUUAUGGUAAUCGUACAUUGAGCGAUAAAAAUACUGCGUGCACGCUUAUGUUUAAUACUUUGAAUCAAAGUUCUUACGAUGUGCACUGUAAUGAGGAAGGUCAAGAUUUUCUGAGGAGAGUACCAUGCCCAAAGGGUAAAUUAUGUCCAGAUGAGGACUCCAUAUGGAAUAUUGUAAAAGGAUAUCAAUUCACAUAUGUCAUACAAGACUUUUGGCAACCACGCUUUUGGUAUAUGAGUCUAGUGGCUUGUUACAGAAAUAUAACUACUUGUCAGUGGGAGUACUAUGAUAAGCAUGAUGAAUUAGAAUAUGAUAUUUGGCUGGUAAAUGGGAAUCCGAAUACUAGCGGUCUAAACAGUUUGACUUAUCAAUUUUCAUAUGAUAGACAAAAUACCACAGAAUUGUACUUGCUCUUUUUUAUGUGUUAUAUCAUACUUGUGCCACUGCAGUUAUAUGCUGUUAGAUUACAAAAGCAUCCUGUGACAAGAUUAUUCACAGCUAGUCUGUUAUUAGAAUUUAUAGCAUUGUGUUUGAUUUUAAUACAUGUGUUGAAGUUUGCUCUUGAUGGUAUGGGCUAUGAACAGCUAGAAGUUGCUGGAGAUAUUUUUGAUAUUCUGUCAAGAACAUCAUUCAUGUUACUCCUACUUUUACUUGCAAAAGGAUGGGCUGUAACUAGAAUGGAAUUGACAUGGAAGCCAUUAGUUUUUGCCAUAUGGCUUUGUUAUGGUGUGGUUCAUAUUUUAUUGUACGUCUGGAAUAUGACCGAGGUUGAUAUUAUUGAGGAUAUUGAUGAAUACCAAACAUGGCCAGGAUGGUUUAUACUUUUAUUCCGUAGUGCAAUAAUGAUUUGGUUCUUAUGCGAACUUAGAAACACUAUGACAUAUGAACAUAAUACUCAGAAGUUAAAUUUUCUACUUCACUUUGGUGCAUCCUCAUUAGUCUGGUUCAUUUAUUUACCUAUCAUAGCGCUAAUAGCUCUCCAAGUGAGUGCGCUUUGGAGAUUCAAACUUCUCUUGGGUAUUACGUACUCUGCUGAUUGUUUUGCAUAUUGUGUGAUGGCACAUUUACUUUGGCCGACACGAAGUGAACAGUACUUUUUACUUGCACAAGGAGCAGACAAUGGAGACGAACUCGAUGAAUUUAACGAGGCACCGCAUGUAUUGAACAAUUACGUAGAACCUCCGGAACUUACUAAAAUAAUUGCUUAAUGUCGAUAGACAGACGGCAAAGUAUUAUACAUACAUAUGAAAAGUCGAACUAGAUCAUAAAUCGACUUACACUAUUUGCCAAAUUAUAAAGUUUUAUAGGAUUGAUAAAUACUCCGCUAUAUACUACUUGAGACUGACAUAUUCUGCACACUGUGUAAUUAGAGAUAUACUACUAAUCAAAUUUACAUUUGUGAUAGGAAGUCAAUAAUUGACACAAGGAGAAAAUGGGUGAGCAUGACAUGAGUAUGUUUAUGUCGUUUUUUAUUAAAAAAUAAGGUAAAUACUGGAGGUCCCAGAACUAACACUACACCUGGGAAUAGGAAGUUUCCAAUGAAAUAGCUAACAACUUUAUAAAUUGCAGAAUUGGUACAAGUAUGAAAAAUGGGACGAAAAUUAGAGUUCAACUUACUACUUCGUCGGAAGGGCACCUGUUCUUAGAAGAAUGUCAAUCGGUCAUUGUGCCGGCCUUUGGCAUUCGAAGAUAGAACCCCACAGCAAUUAAUAUUUGGAGCAGGUCAGUGACAAUUCUUUCCUUGUGCUAUCACUGCCACUUUCUCACUAGUAAACUCUCACGAAAUAAAAAUUGUCAUUUUUAUACACAAAAUUCACUGUCACAUUGCACUUUGCACUUUAAAAUUUGUACCAUGUUUUUGUUUUAAUUGUUGACCCCGACUGGAUACUGUUUCCGGAACAACUCCACUACUGCUAUCGAGUUACAACCCGCUUCCGCGUAAAUAACGUAAAAUAUUUCGCGUUCGUUAAGACACGCACCGUUCUGUUUCGUAGCGCGCGGCAGAACCGAAUGACCGGUCUCUGGAAGAUUUUCGUAGAGAAAGUCUUUCCCCACUUGAUGGACAACUUCGGUAGGGACAACGUGUUUGCUUUUUUUAACCAAAGCCUACCUUCGUUUCCUUGUCACUUUUAGGAAUUCACCACUUGGAAAACACACGAACCGAUGACAAAAGGCAGCUUACAGGCUUACACUUACCAGAUGCGAACGCCGCAUUACCCUUUGUCGUACACAUUGCUGGGCGCGCGCUGGCCAAGACCCUGCAAUAAAAUCGUAAAAAUGAAAACUCCGAUUCUCUUCGAGUACUCAUUGCCGUCGGCGGCAAUAAACACUACCUCCUAAAAAUUCUAUAUAGCGAAGGAUUUCUUCCUAUGGAUUAUAUUAACCACUGCUAGAUAUGAAGGACAACCGCAGGUUGUCAUUACUCAUUACGUGAAAUACGACUCGUAUGCUUCAUAUCUGGUAGAAAGUUUCUAUUUCUAAUGCAAUUACUUCCAUUGCAACAAAAUUCAUAAGUCAAUUGCAGGGGGAGUUAGAAAUACAAAUAUAUUAGAUUACUCAUGACAGUCGUACUCAACAUCUGAUUGAUGUGUGCCACGGGUAUUGCCAAAAUUCAGGUAUACGUGAUUUAUGACCUGCGGUUGUCCUUCAUACCUAGCAGUGGUUAAUAUAAUCCGUAGGAGGAAAUCCUUCGCUGUAUAGAAUUUUUAGGAGGUAGUGUUUAUUGUUGCCGACGCCUUUUUAUGGGUACUCGAAGAGAAUCGGAGUUUUCCUUUUUACGAUUUUAUUGCAGGGACUCUCGGCCAGCUUGCGCCCAGCAGUGUGUACGACAAAGGACAAUUCGGUGUUCGCAUCUGGUAAGUGUAAAUCUGUGAGCUGUCUCUUAUCAUUGGUUCGAGUGCUUUGCACUUGGGGAAUUCCUAAAAGUGACAAAGAAACGAAGGUAGGCUUUAGUUAAAAAAAAGCAAACUCACUGUCUCUACCGAAGUUGUCCACGAAGUGGGAAAAACAUCUGCCCGAGACCGUUCAUUCGGUUCUGUCGUGCGUUACUAAUAUUUUAAAGUGUUCGUUAUUUGCGCGUUAUAUCCCGCGUUCAUUAUUGAAGCGGAUUGUAACUCAAUAGCAGCAGUGGAGUCGUUCCGGGAAUAGCAUUCUGGUCGGGGUCAACAAUUAGAACAAAAAUGUGGUGCAAAUUUUAAAUUGCGAAGUACAAAGUAAUAGUGAAUUUAUGUGUAAAAAUGACAAUUUUUGCUCGUGAAAAUUUGCCAGUAAGAAAAUGACAGUGAUCGGGUAAAGAAAGAAUUGUCAGGUAUAGGUCACUGACCUGCUCCAAACAUUAGUUGCUGCGGGGUUUUACCUUCGAAUGCCGAAGGACGGCACAAUAACCUAUUGACAUUCUUCUAGGAACGGAUGCACUUGUCGACAAAGAAGUAAGUCGAACUUUAAUUCUUUUCCCAUUUUUCAUGAUUUUACGUACUCUGUAAUUUCUAAAGUUGUUAGUUAUUUCAUUAAGUAUGUUACGUUUAUUCAGUAACGACUAAUUGCUUUCUUUUCUCUGAUAUUUAAUAAAUUUGUUAGUCGUUUUUGCAUACGACUUUUCUUUAAUUCUUCGAUCUCGUUACACGCUCGUUGUACGGGGGCAGCAACAUCCAAGACAGUUGUGCACCUGAUUACUCGCUAUACGAGCGCUCUGAUUAGUUGCGGUUUUUCGUUAAUAAUUCAAUGACCACGCCUCAAACACCUUGUCUAAGGAAAAUACUGUUUAAAAUCAGAGUCCUCCCAUUUUCGGGCGUAGGAUUAGUUCUAGGACACCCUGUAUAAUUGGGUUGUAGCUGUUGUAGAUGUAAAGAAACAUUGUUGUCUAAUAUACAGGGUCAUAGAAAAAUAUCGGUCUCCCCUAACAUUUUUAGUUACAAUGCAGUUACGUUGAAUAUGAUCCGAACAAAAUUCUUGGGGUCAUUAAGCACUAAGCUAGUACUUAAUGAUCCAAAAUUUUAUUUCAUUUCCAAUGAAAAUGCAUUCUAACUGAAAAUAUUAGCGGAAUCCGAUACUUUUCGAUUAUUCUGUAUAAAUAUUAUGCCACUGUAUAUAAUAAUGAUAGCUAUCAUUAAUACUUAAGAGUUUAUUCUGUUAUGUACAGUAGUACCUAUAUACAAAUAGUCUCUUCAUUCAUAUUUUUUACUAUUUAUAAUACUGUUAACCAGAAUCUUCCUAUUACCAUAAUGUAGUACCUUUUUACCUUAAUUUACUCAUGUCAUACUCUUGGAUCAUAAGAAUUCAGCAUACGUAUAUCAGCCAUUGACCUUUACCCAUGACCGUUUAGUAAGUGUAAAAGAAUUCAGUAAGGUAAUCAUACAAUUCUAUCUACAAGAAUUUUUAAUCUUAUAUUAUCCUAUGCAUUUUUCAUGUACAUUUUUCUCUCGGUACACAUCUUAUAUUUACAUUUGUUCUGUAUAAACGCUAUUUUAAUGCAUAUUCUAGGAAAGUACGAAAUCUAAAACUAAAUCAGUAUAACUUUAAUGAAACACAUUUAUAUAGAAACAUGUAUGAUUGUAAUAUUGUAUAAAUGAAAUUGUGUAUUAAUAUAUUAUACACAAGUUUCUCAUAAAUCAUAUUCUAGAUGCAUUCAUAAUUUUUUCAGUAUUAUAUUGCAGGAACUAUAAUACGUAACAUGUAUUCAAAAUGAAACAAAGAUAAUGAAAUUAUUAUAAAUAUAUCUUUUAUAUGUAUUUUAAUAAGGGGUGUUAUGGUCUUAGAAUUUUUUGGUCUAAAACUAUUUUUUACAUUUUUAAAUAAAUGUUGCACCAGCAUACAUGAUGUCAGUAUCGGAAGUUUAAAUUUGGUUCUUUAACAUUUCUUUGUCUGUUUAUCAAAGAUUUCCAUAACUUUUUUGCUCAAUUUUCUAACAAAGGAGUUAAACUGAUAAAAUAUGUACUUUAUAUUAUUUAUAAGCUGAAUACACAUAUAUUCCAAGUUUGGUAUAGUAUUUUUAUGAUGCUAAUGUUUAUAAAAGGGGAAAAUAUCGGUGAUAAAACAUCUUCAUAAAACAUGCUCAUAAAAAAUGUAAAUGGUGUGAAUUAAACAGAUCUUUUCAAUUAUGUAA